ACGGGCGACGAAGUUAAUACGGGGGACAACGCGAGUGGGAGAAGAGAGCGACACGGGACUCUGGAGAAACACGAAGGCGGAUUCGACCUCCCCGAGUCACGAAGAGAUGCUUUGGCACAGGGCGCUCGUCGCCUCUUUUCUUGCGACAGGGGCACGGGCGGGGGUGGGCGGCCUCAUCGCGGACGGGUUGUCGCACAGCAAUCAAGCAGUGGAGCGGAGGAUGGAUGCGAUGGCGGAAGCAAGCCUGCAAUCCAGGGGCUACUUGGAGGCUCGACAAGACCAAGAGCAAGAACCAAUCUUGGCCGGCGAAAGCAACACGCCGCUCAAUGCCGACGGGAGCCUCAACAUGGAGGAAUGGAACAACAUGGUGGACAAGGCAUGCCAGGACGCGUUGAGGAAUGUGAAAGUGCCAACGAACCCGUCAGGCACAUGCGUCUGCUACAACCUGCCGCUGCUCAACAACCGGACUGGCGCAUUCGAGGCGGAUCUGAGGUUAUACCAGCUCGGCGAGCCGACGGGUGACUUCCAGGGGGUACCGCAGAAGAACAUCGAGGUCGAGCUCAGCUACAAUGGUGCCUCGGUCACUCCGGUUAACCCGCAAGGGGGGAACUCCCUCAAAGCGAGGCAGGAAGGCGAAGAAGGGGAGAUCCGAAUGUUACAGUCGUACAUGUUCGUCGGCCAAAUCGACAAGGACAAAAUGUCGGGCAAGGUCACCAGGGCUCAGCUCGAGGCCUGGGUCAUGCCCGUCGUCACGCUGAAGGCAAUUGACGGCACCGGCAAGGAAGUGAAAACCCUCGUGUCGACCAACGAAGCCGCGUUCGUCGUGGGCGAGUUCGCGAACGACCAGGUCAUGACAAAUCAGCGCCUGGCCGAGCUCGCCGUGGAGAAGAUGGUGGCCGGUCUCGAAAACGGCACAGUCGCCUUUGUGCUUCCCGGCGUCCAGCUCCUGAUUUUCCCCAUCGGCCUUAUCAUCACCAGCAUCUGGCUAGCCUUGGGGCUCGCUGCCUACGGAUUCGGGACCUACGAGCGUUACAACUUUAGGGAGGCGCACAAGAGAAGAGUGGCGCUGGCCCAGAAGGGAGGAAUGCCGAGGAUUUGACCCAUGGGGAGAACCAGGGAAAACCGCUUCCGUUGUCUAUUAUUCCGUGAAACCGACCCGCACACACACACGCCAAAAAAAAAAAAAAAAAAUACAUGCGACACGUCGCUCUUGCGCCGCUAAUGUACAAACAAGCAUAAAAUUUUGUAUAAACCUGAUUUUAUAAGCCGAAUAGGUUCAAUCAAGAGGAAUUCGAGUUCGCAGUGUUGCGCACAGUCGCACAGUCCCGUCUGUUGACGUUUCCACGGGCUUUCAUGUGAAACAGCCCUGAAUCCGUCAAGAGUCAGCAUUUGCCACAGUUAACAAGG